AUGGUUUCUUUAUUCGAUGUGCCCGCGUUUCUUAUUCUUUUUAGAGAAACAAUUGAAUACUCUAUAAUUCUCGCUGUUCUUUUCAGUUUUAUCGAUAAAAUUGUUCCGGAAGACAAUAAUGAGUUGAGAAAGACGUUGAAAAGACAGAUAUGGAUUGGUACUGCCGCUGCUCUAUCCCUCAUUUUUAUCAUUGGUGUUAUCUUUAUCAUUAUUUUUUAUACUGUCGCUUCCAAUCUUUGGGAACAUAGUGAAGACGUAUGGGAGGGAGUCUUUUCGCUGUUUGCUGCCAUUGUUACGUUUGUAAUGGCAUUUGGUAUGGUAAAAGUCAAUCAAUGGAAAACCAAAUGGGAAGGCAAAUUGAAGGAAGCUACUGAAAAACAUCUUGAUAAACAUAAAAACGGAGAAAAGUGGGCUUUGAUAAUUCUAGCGUUUACGGUUGUCGCCAAAGAAGGUCUCGAAGCCUUUGUGUUUAUUGCUGGAAUUGGAUUCAACAAACCAGCAUCUAGUCUUCCUAUACCCGUUAUUACUGGAACUAUUGCCGGAAUUGUCGCUGGUUAUCUUCUCUACAAAGGAUCGAGUGUCAUGUCUAUGAAUAUCUUCUUUACAAGCAUGACUACGUUGUUAUUUUUUAUUUCUGCUGGAUUGUUUACAACGUCUGUGCAUGCAUUUGUUGAAGUGGCAGAGGGAGCUGAUGAUAAUGGUUCAGGUGGCGAUGACGAAAUCGUCUUGUGGAAUUUAAACUGCUGUAAUGAAGAAACAAAUCGUGGAUGGGAAAUUGCCAACGCAUUGUUUGGUUGGAGGCAUAAAGCUACCUUGGAUACAACGCUUGCCUAUAUUGCUGCGUGGAUAGCCAUAUCCGCUGGGUUAUUCUUUAUUUAUUACAAGGAAAAAAGAAAACGAAUUAAGGAGACUGUAACCGACGAUCCCGAAAAAGAAAUUGAGUCUUCACCACAAUGA